CUAUCUAUGAAAUUGAAACACACAUGAGAAGCAAGCAGAUCUUACCUAUACGACCUGUUCUGUUCUGUUCUGUUCUGUUCCUUGUUCUUUCCCCUUUCAACAACAUUUUCAAACCAAGUCCGCGAAUCAAACCUCUUUCUACAUCCGAAAUACAAUGAUUCCUCGUCGCUACUUUUUGACAUGUCUCCUUAUCUUUCUUCUCGUACUUUCCACCUUCUCCUUCUCUCACUCUCAACCCCAUUGGUCUUCCAAGAAAAAACGCCUCGGAGAAAAAGUUCGCAAUAUGUUUCACCAUGCCUAUGACAACUAUAUGACUCAUGCAUUUCCGCACGAUGAGCUAAAACCUCUCACGAAAACUUUCACCGAUUCCCUAAGCGAGCUGGGAAAUUUGAAGCUUGAACGUUUGCCGCAAGACUACAAUGGUUCUGCCCUUUCGCUAAUUGAAUCACUGUCUAGCCUUGUGAUUAUGGGCAACAAUACCGAAUUCGAGAAGGGAGUACGCUGGCUUUCAGAAAAUCUAAAAUUUGACGUUGAUGCUCGCAUUAAUCUUUUUGAGUGCAACAUUAGAGUUCUUGGAGGACUUGUCUCUGCUCAUUUACUGGCAUCUGAUUCUUCAAAGAAGUUGCUACAAGGAUCUUACAAGAAUGAGCUACUAGGCCUGGCUGAAGAUUUAGGGAAACGUUUUCUACCAGCGUUCAAUACGCCUACUGGAUUACCAUAUGCAUGGAUUAACUUGAAGUAUGGAGUAAUGGAGAAUGAGACUACAGAAACAAGCACUUCAGGGUGUGGUUCGUUGAUUCUUGAAAUGGGUGCUUUAUCAAAACUGACUGGUGACCCCAUAUAUGAAUCAGUAGCUUUACGAGCUCUCCGUAAGCUAUGGAGUAUGCAGAGCUUAUUAAAAUUAUUUGGAACCACACUUGACGUGUCAACUGGGCAAUGGAUUGAACAUUCUUCAGGAAUUGGAGCUGGUGUAGAUUCCUUCUAUGAAUAUCUACUUAAAGCUCAUAUCCUUUUCGGAAAGGAGGACUAUUGGAGAAUGUUUCAUUCUGCUUAUGUUGCAGUGCAGAAGCAUUUCAGACACGGUCCCUGGUACCACGAAGCUGAUAUGAGGACAGGAAGAGCAACUUAUUGGCAGCUUACAAGUCUUCAAGCAUUUUGGCCUGGCCUACAGGUUCUUAUUGGGGAUAUAUCUGCUGCUAAUUCAUCUCACCGUGAGUUCUUCUAUGUGUGGAAGAAAUUUGGAGUGCUGCCAGAGAGGUAUUUGCUGGACCAUCAGAUGCUUCAUCCUACUGAAAAAUAUUAUCCGUUACGCCCUGAGUUUGCUGAGUCAACAUUCUACUUAUAUCAAGCUACUAAAGAUCCAUGGUAUAUUGAAGUUGGCGAAUUAAUAGUCAAUUCCCUUAAUUUACACACAAGAGUAGAAGGUGGGUUUGCAAGCAUCAAGGAUGUGACAACUAUGCAGUUAGAAGAUCAUCAACAUAGUUUUUUUCUUGCUGAAACGUGUAAAUAUUUGUAUCUUCUCUUUGAUGAUUCAUUUAUGGUCGACAGUAAUUACGUAUUUACCACUGAAGGUCAUCCCCUUCCAGUACUAAGCACUUGGCAUGAAGAGCUUCCACAAACAUACAUUCCAACUAAUUGGACAACUCUGAAGAGACAACCAGCAAAUCGAGCCAGUGCAAUGUCAUUGCAAGUAUGUCCUGCUAUGACUUUAAAUUCAGGUCAACAUAUAGAGAGUGCUUGCCACAUCUCCGAUGUUCGUAGUGAUCAUAGGUGUUUGACUGAUAACGAUUGUGGAGUUGAUGCAACUACCUGUAGAAGAAGAUCAUGUAGCAUGGCUGGUUAUUGUGGACUAUGGCUCUUCAUUUGAUACCUUGUUUAAACAAUUUUCUCUUUAGGAACAGAAAAUGUAAGUGAUUGACAGUCAUAAAAAAAAGAUAAAAUUCAAAUAUCACAGGGUUUAGAGUAAAUUCGUAGGCACACAAUUUAACAGGCAUUUUUAGAAGGUUUUAGCUUUUAUUUUGAGAAAUGCUUUGAUAGAAGAAGAGACGGGAGGAAAAAAAGAGGUCACUGUAUUUUACCGCGAUAUUAUGUUAUUUAAUUUGAUACAUUGAAAAUUUGUAUAUAUUUCCUAUUCUAGA